GCUACUGGUGUCAGCGCCGCUAACUGCUGCAUGUGACAUUGACAUCAACAGAGGCACAAUGAGGCUGACCACUCUCCUGUCGAUGGCAGUCAGGGUUGUUGUGCCCAAAGACUACCGAUACAGCACCAACAGACCGUGGACGGUGGCUGCUAAAAGGCAGAGUCUCCCGGGGAAGAAGAGGAGAAAGGUGUUUGUGGAGCCUAUAGCACCUGAGGCUUGGACUGUGCUCAGAGGGGACAGGGUCGAGAUUCUCGCAGGGAAGGACAAAGGGAAGCAGGGAAAAGUUGUCCAAGUCUUCAGACACAGAAACUGGGUUAUCCUGGAGGGACUCAACACACAUCACAGGUAUGUAGGAAAAACUACGGAUUAUCGUGGAACCUACGUUGCCAGUGAGGCUCCCAUCCUGGUGCGCGAUGUCGCCCUCAUCGACCCCUCCGAUAGAAAGCCCACUGAAGUGGAGUGGAGAUUCACGGAGGAGGGUGAGAGAGUCAGAGUGUCUGUCAGGACGGGUCGAAUCAUCCCUAAGCCUGUUGUAGAGCGACGAGAUGGCAUCGUGCCAGAGCAGUGGAAAGAUGGUCCCAAAGACACACAUCCUGAAGACACUCUAGAAAAGACCUAUGUACCAUCUCUGAAAACCCUGGAGCAAGAGGUCAUGGAGAAACUGGGUAUUCAGGAGAACAGGCAGCACAGACGGUCAUUCUGGUACUGACCAGAGAAAUCAGAGACACUCACGCCCCCAUCGUGUUACCCAGAUUUCACAGUUUUGGUGGGAGACGUGCUGAAGGACAUACCAGGAUGGCAUGAGUAAGGCUUUUUGGGUGGUAAAAUUCUGGUGCAACAUACAAACUGUUAAGGAAGUGAAAGCUUUGUAAAAAUGCUUGGAGCUGAAACAAAUGUGCAAACAGAGCAGCUAACAGACAUGCUAUGUAAAUGUUUCCUGAAUCAUUCUGAUUCACAGAGGUAUCAGAGUUUGUUUCUUUAUAGUAUAAUGAAUAAAUGUCACAUGAACCAGUAACUAAAAUGGUUUGUAUUUUGCUCUAUAGUUACUUCACAUUUUCUAAACUCAGUACCACUAAAUAACUAGGUUGGAUAUAAAAGUGCUAACUUAAAAUCACUACCUUCGUGCUCUAACAGAUCACAAACAGGAGUCAUAAGUACAGGUAUUUUCUUUUACUGCAGGUUUGGAUUUGCUAUAUCACCAUUAUCAUACAGAAGAAAACUUCAGAUUUCCCACAGUCAUGCAAAUGCUUGAAUACUAUUCACUGAGGUAUAAAUUGGUGUCAUUGAGAAGUAUGUGAGGCUGAGAAGGCAAUGUAAAAUAAGGUUGUUAUUACAUCAAGAGAACAACAGUGAAUUCUGGUUGAUACUGAUGUUCAGGCGAGUUCAAGUAAUACGGUAGCUUCUCUCCCAGAGAGAGUGAAUUACUCAGCAUUAAAUGUUAUAGAAUACUUCAUACAUGCAGUCUGGAAGAGUGGAAAAGUUGGCCAAACUUGGUAUUGGCAGGGUUAAUAAUGGUAAUGGUUGCAGCCUGUUUGGAUUGCUCAUAAGGCUGAAAAUAGUCGUAUUAUUUUACAGAAGCCCAGACGUCCUGCUCUCCAAAUCUUAAACCCUUUAGACAAAUGAUUCUGUCUUUCCAACAUGUCUGGGAAACAGUGUGGAGAAGGAAAUGGCUGGGGAGGAGACUAUACAGACUGGAUAGUUUCAACAAAGUUCUAAUUCACCUCAUUUGACUUUUUAUACACUGGCACUGCGUGUUAUUUCUGUGGUCUGUGACUUGUUUUGCGUCACGUUUCAAAUAUGAUCUCACAUGUGAAUUUAUAACCCGUUAUGAAAAAUGACCAGGGUAUCAUGGAAGAAAAAGAUUCGUAAUGAAAAAUCACUGUACAUUUAGUAAAAU